AUGGCCUCCAUCGUCCGGCCUGCCACUCGAUGCUUGAGCACGGCUCUGGCAAGGACCCCAGGCCCGCAGACAGUCCGCCAUGCGGCCACAGCAGCUGCUCAGAAGCGGGAGGGCGACAUCUCGGAUGCGUUUGCCUCUCUAUCCGGCCUCGAAUUCAAGCCACUAGAACCUCGAUUCGCGGAUUUGAAAGCUCAGCUCAUUGCUGGGAAUGAAGAAGCACUGUACGAUUCCUGGAACCGCUUACUUGCCUCACUGAGGGAAGAGAUUCCACUUAUCGCCCAGAAAGGUCCCAAGAUCAUACCCGAGAUAGACUUCAAGGAAAUCGACAAUGCAAGUCCAGAGUUUCAGGCUGAGCACAGGAAGCGUGGUGUCGCCGUCAUCCGUAACGUUCUACCUGAGCAAGAAGCAUUGGCUUUGAAGAAAGACCUUCGUGCAUACCUGCAAGCAAACCCGCAGACCAAGGCUUUCCCACAGGACAAUCCUCAAGUCUAUGAGCUGUAUUGGUCACCGUCGCAGAUCAAAGCUCGCUCGCAUCCGAAUCUCAUCAGAGCACAGCGGUUCUUGAUGGAGUUCUGGCGUUCGAAAGAUCCAAAUGCUCUCGUUUCCUCAAGCCAUCCCAUGAUCUAUGCGGACAGAUUGAGGAUGAGGAUGCCCGGAGAUAAUAAGUUCGCUCUGGGACCUCACGUCGAUGGAGGCUCCUGCGAAAGGUGGGAGCCGGACGGCUAUGGAAAAGGCAACGUGUACGACGCUAUCUGGCAGGGCAGAUGGGAGGAAUAUGAUCCGUGGGAGUCGAGCUGCCGAUUGUCUGUGGUGUCAGACAAGUAUAACGGCGUCGGAGCUUGCAGCAUGUUCAGAAUGUUCCAAGGCUGGCUGUCAUUGAGCAACACAGGCCCGUAUGAGGGCACGCUACUCGUCAAUCCGUUGCUAAGUCGAGCGACGGCUUACUAUCUGCUCAGGCCGUUCUUCUCUCCAAAGAAAGCAGCGCAGGAUCCAGGGUCUGAGGUAUAUGAGGAAGCCUUCCUGACACCGGAGAACUGGGAACUUCGAGACACACCGGAUUCGUGGCUUCACGGUGCCACACCUGGACACGGUCAAGAGCUUCGUGCCCAACUCCACCCUCACCUUGACCUUCCGAGCUCGAUGAUACACGUACCUCGCGUGAGCCCGGGUGACUACGUAAGCUGGCAUUGCGAUACCAUUCAUGCUGUCGACUCUGUUCAUGCGGGCAAAAGCGACUCCAGCGUCCUCUACAUCCCGGCCUGCCCUCUCACGGUAUCAAACGCCGAAUUUGUUGCCCGACAGCGUGAGGCCUUCCUCAACGGCACACCUUGCCCAGACUUUGGUGGCGGUAAGGGCGAAUCGGAGCAUAUUGGACGUCCGGGAGUUGAGGAUGUGAGGGACGUCAACCCAAGUGAGGGGAUCAGAGCAUUCGGUUUGCUGGAGUGGGAUAGCUCUGAGGAGGGUUUGACUCAGGGACAGAAGGAGGUUAUGGAUCGGGCGAACAAGACUCUUGGCUUUUACAUGUGA